AUGUUGGUUUGGAUAUCCAGCCCCUACGUGCUCAGUAAAACCAUAGUCACGAUAAAAAAUCUCGACGGUUCGUACGCCAAAUACCGAAUGAAUAUUUUCAAUUUAUAUUUCAUAGCAUCUGACGAGACGUACAAUAAGUAUUUCAAUGUAUUUUAUUUGAUCGAGAUAACUGUUGCUAUUUGUUUUACAUAUUUUUCGGUGGUUUUCGAUAUUGUCGUUAUCACGAUAUGUGUUACAAUAUCCUGCCAACUAGAUGCGAUUGGUGAUGCAUUUCAAUCGUUAGGACACAAAAAUCCUGUCCGCAAUAAUCCAAGUACGUAUUUAUUUUUUUUUUUUCCAGUAGUUACCUAUUUAGGUAUGAUGUUCCGGAGAAUAAAACAACUGUUUCAUAUCGUCCAAAUGUAUAAAAUUAAUAGAAUUCAUAAGAAGCAAUAUUAUAUUAAUUAACAACGAUUUUCAAUGCAAUAUUAUUUACUUUUAGGAUGGUGUGGGAUAUUUUCACGAAAUAGGAGACGUUUUAAUUUAAUAUGGUACCAUAAAUAUGUUAUGCAGUGUAAAAAUUACUCUAUUUGGGCCAGAAAAAAAUAUUGAAUUCUAUUAAAUAUUUUUUUUUUUAACAGUUUAUGAUACCAACAAAAUAUGAUGUUUACAGAUUUCAAUAAUGUAAAAAUUACAGAACAUAAAUUUAACGCAUAUGAUAAUUUAAAAAUAAUAAUUAUGGAUCAUCAAAACGUAAUGAGGUGAGUGAUAUUUGAUAUAGGUACUAAAUAUAAUAAUGAUUUUAACCAUAGUUAAAUAAUAGUUAUCAAUAAAAAUAACUUAAACCGGAAAAUUAUAUUUAAAAUGACUAAUAGAAUCGAAAAUGAAAUUAAAUAUAAAAUAAAAACAUAUUAUUUAACUAUUUAAUAAUUUACUAUUUUCAGCAUAAUAAACGAGAGUUAUAAAAUCUUCAGUAAAAUAAUGUUAACUCAGAUAUUUGUGACAUCAAGUUCGCAUAUACUCAUUUGGUUUAUCACUUCGUUGGUACGAUCAAUAGUUAUUAUAUUACGUCUUACUAGGUAUAACAUUAACUAAAAAAAAAAAAAAUUGUUUUAUUAUUUAUUUAAUAAAAUUUUAUCGUCUGCACUGUAGACUGUUUAUGUAUAAAAUUAUAAUUUUUAACACUUAUACUAGGUACCAAUAACAUUUAGUGGUUUUUCGAUUUAGAAUUAUUUUAGAGGUGGAGCUGGACAUUCUAUUUUGUCGAUAAAGCUGUUUUCCGUACUCCCCAUGUUUUCAUGUCAACUUCUCAUGACGUGUUAUCUAUUCGGAAUCAUAAACGAAAAAGUAAUUAGUAAUUGAGUAAUUAAUAAUUAAGUAUUAUUAUGUAUUCUUACAUUUGUAUAUGAUUUUAAAAAAAAAAAUGAUUCAUCAAUAUAUCUCUAUAGAAAUCUCCGCAGACCUCAUAUCUCUCUCGGUCGUAUCUAAUCAUCGUCUACUUUUCAGACUUUUGUCCUUAAGACAUUUUCUCGUUGUUCCUUCGAAUUAAUUUAGAAAACCACUCUCAUAUCCCCCGAUUCAACUUUUUUAAUCUUAGAUCUCAUAUUAUAAAUCAAACAUUAUUAAGUGAAACAUAAUUAAUAAAUAAUUUAAUCUAUAUAAAAUAUCUAAACAUUUAUUUUGGUUAUUUUAAUAUUCAGAAAGAUUCGAUAAUUUUUGCACUGUAUAGCAGUAACUGGACAGAUAUGGAUGUGAAAACUAAAAAGUUGAUUUUGUUAGCAAUGAAAAUGAACAAUGCCAACCAAUUGAAAAUGAAGUUUACAAACACCAAAGUUGUUAACUUAGAAAUGUAUUCUAAUGUAAGUAUGCCGUGCUCUAUGCAUAUUAUAAACACUAUCGCUUUAGUUAUUUUUCGUACAAAUUACUUUAAAUGA